AUGCCUUCAUCCUCGAGAUCCGAUAGCCUCAAGGCCCAGAACCUCGACAACGACAGCUUCACCGCAUUCGACCAUGCCGCUGCUGGGCAUGACGGGGUUCGUUGUCAUUCCUCGGGGUCCUUUAUCGCGAAACCAUGUACGCCCUCGGAGAUAGCCUUUUACGAAUCUGCCCGAGCCUAUCAUCCCAAAUUCCGCAAGUUUAUGCCAACGUAUAUUGGAACCUUGAAAUUAUCAUCCUCCGAUCAACAGCAACCGCUUGCGCUGGCUGCCGCCGAGCGUGAGGGCGCCCUCGUGAUUCCCGCUUCCGAGACAUCGUCCGCAGCAGAUACCCCGACCACUGCGGAAGCGCGCCCUCAAAAUGCCGUCUUGCAACAGGAGGUGCCUUGGACUCCCUCUGGAGGACGCAAGCUGGAUACUGGCCUUGCAAUUGUGUUGGAGAACGUCGCGUCAGGCUUCAAACGACCGAAUGUCCUGGAUGUCAAGCUAGGUGCCCGGCUAUGGGCUGACGACGCCCCUCCGGCGAAGCGCACAAAGCUGGAUGCGGUCUCCAGGGAGACGACGAGUUCCACAUUGGGUUUCCGUAUUGCUGGAAUGAAAGUCUGGGUCGGCGACAAGGAGUCGAAUGACAAGAACAACGGCGCGGAAUGCACCGAUCCCUACAUGACCAAGUACGAAGGCUCAGAGGAACCCAAGGGACAGGUCAUCGAAAAGAAUGGCUACAGACGCUACGACAAAUGGUACGGACGCUCGUUCACUGCCGAGAACGUGAAACAGGGGUUUGAGACCUUUCUGGCGGGAGCCAAAGCUGGGAAGGUGGAUCGUUCGAAACUGAUAGCGCGAAGACUGGCGGAGGAACUCCGGAAUGUGCAGUCCGUUCUCGAAUCGGAAGAAAGCCGGAUGUACUCUUCAAGCGUCCUGAUCAUAUAUGAAGGCGACCCCGAUGCAUUGGAGGAGGCGCUUGAGGAGGAGAAGAAACGAAAGGAAAUGAAAGCGAAUGCAUCUGACAACGAGAGCGAGGAAGGGGACGAUGAAGAGGAGCUCUUCAAUCCACCGGCAGGCAUGGAUUCCUUCCAAGUGGUAGAUGUCAAAGUGGGAGAUGAGGCACUGGCCCAAGGUAAUCUCCAGCAGCUCGGAAUCGACUCCCAAUCGAUACAGAUUCCGGAGGGUGCCGAAUUGGAUGACGAGGAAGGCAGUGAGGAGGAGGAGCCCAGCAAGGUGCAUGAGCUUCGUCUGAUUGACUUUGCGCAUGCGAGCUGGACUCCGGGGCAAGGUCCGGAUGAGAAUGCGUUGAAGGGGGUGAGAAGCUUGCUCAAAAUCAUGGAGGAGCUCGCAGGCGAAGAAUUAUUCAAAGGUCGCUGGCGCCCUUUGGAUUCGGCGAAGCAGGAACGAUGUCAUGUAUUAACGAGUAAACAUGCCAAUCUUCGUGUUGGCUCCAGUGGUGAGGAGAACAGUAACUGCUUAUACAAGUCUGGACAAGACAGCGAUCCAACACCGUCGCUAUCGAUCGUCAGGAUGUUUCCCACGCGGCAGCUUCUGGCGCGGUCGGUAUGGAAGGGUCCCAAUAUUGUCCCUCUCCCCCUCCCUAAGCAGAUGCCCCCUCCCCCGGGCACGCCAGCGAUCAAGACCCAGGCGCGCUCUGCAACUAUCCUCCCGAACUUCGUCGGUCUGAAAUUUGCGGUGCACAACGGCAAGAUCUAUCAGGAGAUUACGAUUACGGAGGAUAUGGUGGGGCACAAGUUGGGGGAAUUCGUUCCGACUCGCAAGCGCUUCACGUACAAGCAGUCGAAGAACAAAUAG